AUUUAUGUCUCUAGUCUUCUUGGACUGUAUGCUUGUGUUCAAGUAUUAUCACUACUAGUGUCAAGGUAAUACCUAAAAAAGAUAAAUCUAUAAGUCAAUUUUGACGGUAGUGUAAUAGAAAUAUAUUAAAGUGUACAGAAUAAAUUAAGGUAUUUAUAUUUUUUACCAGUUGAAAUAAAAGUGUAGUGAUUAAAAAAGUUUAAAUUUUUGUGAUAUACUAUAACUCGCUGAAGUUAACAGUGAUAGUCGGAAAUUUCCGAGCGUGACCGAUAGAUUGCGAAACCCUUCCUAAACAACAGUCUUGGCCAUUCAUUAAAAAAAAAAAUAUCUGUAUCCUGUAAUUUAUCAUUCAGGGGACCAAAACACACGCAACAACGGAUAACCCCAGAGGACCGGGGGGUGCAGCUCGUGUCCCGGGAGGAAGGUCAGGGUUUACAUAAUUACCUUGGCUUUAAACGAGUUUAAAAAGCAACCUGCUUCCUUUUUACUUCAAACAAUCCUACGCGUUGCGAUCCCAUUUAGUGUAACUCAAAACUAAAAAAUUCGAUGCCUUCCAGGGACGAAAUUCGCUCCCUAUCUACUGAGCGACGCUGGAUCCCUCCUUCUACUGUUAGACGCGAUGCACUCACCCCAGAAAGCAGAAAUGAUCUUAUCUUCAGAAAGGUGCGCGGAAUUCUCAACAAGCUCACACCGGAAAAAUUCGCAAAGCUGAGCAACGAUUUACUCAAUGUUGAGCUUAAUACAGAUGUCAUUCUUAAAGGAGUAAUUUUUUUGAUCUUUGAAAAAGCACUAGAUGAACCGAAAUACAGUUCUAUGUACGCACAGCUGUGCAAAAGAUUGGCAGAAGAGGCACCGAACUUUGAAGCUCCACAUGCAACCGUCGAUGGACAGAAACCACAGUCAACAUUUGAGUUGCUUUUACUCAAAAAAUGCAAAAUUGAAUUCGAAAACAGAUCCAAAGCCACAGAAGCAUUUGAUAAUCAAGAUGAUCUCGGAACAGAAGAAGAAGAACGACGCCAAGUCGCUAAGCGUAAGAUGCUUGGCAAUAUUAAAUUCAUUGGAGAACUUGGCAAAUUGGAAAUUGUUUCAGAUAAAAUUUUACAUCUGUGCAUUAAGCAGUUGGUGGAGAGAAAGCGUGGAGGAUCCCGGGGGGACAUGGCUGAGGACAUCGAAUGCCUCUGCCAAAUCAUGCGUACAUGCGGGCGUAUUCUUGAUACGCACGUUGGCCAAGGUCUUAUGGAACAAUACUUCAAACGUAUGAGUCAAUUGGCAGAGAGAAGUGAUCUCCCUUUACGUAUUCGAUUCAUGCUGCGCGACGUGAUUGAAUUACGCCGCGACGGCUGGAUACCGCGCAAAGCUACUAGUACUGAGGGUCCAAUGCCCAUCAAUCAGAUUCGCAAUGACAACGAUGAAUCGUCCAGAAGUGGUGGUUAUCACAGACGUGAAGAUCGCAUUUGUAAUGAUUUUUUGCGACGAACUGCACGCAGUUCGUUGGAUAUGGAUAUGGUGAGCAGUAUUCCACUUACUUCUCCCCCCUUUGGAAUUACAUCUUUUAGUCCCAAUGGCUUCUCGCCAUCACCUGCAAUAAGUUAUACUCGUCAUAAUCAACGCAAUCCAUCUACUUUCUACCCAAAUCAAAAUCGCCAUCAGAUAAACUACCAAAGUAAACAUAAUCAACAACAACACAACUCAUCUCAAAACUUCAAUAGUGGCAACAAAGACCAACUACGUUUUAACAAAAGUAAAAUGCUAAUCGGUCAUCCUGAAGAAGUCUCUUUGCGGCCGUCAGCAAAUUCAAUGAUGUUCAAACAGUCAACUAUCACUCAAAACUUGCCUUUGAAUAAUGGUGUCGAAUUGUUCCCGGGAAGACCAACUGAAGUGUCGUUAUUGCGCACAACAACACUAAAACAAAAUCCUCCUCUAAUGCACAAAGAAACAACACCGUCAAUUGUUAUCAAACAGGGACCCUUAGAUAAACGUGAUAAAGCUCGGGAACGUAAAGAUAAAGGACCUUCCAAGGAAGACAUUUUAAAGAAAGUUAACGCUCUCGUGGACAACUUUGUCUCCCACGCAAACAUUCAAGAUUGUGUAAAUAGUUUUAAGGAGCUUAAGAUUCCAGAGCGUUUCUUACGCCACGCUAUUUAUACACUUUAUUCGAACACCUUGGAAAGAAGUGAUGUUGAUCGAGAUUUAAUAAGCAAGAUUGUUGCUCAGCUAAAGAAAGACGGCGUUAUUACUGGGUUACAAGUUAUUGAGGGCUGGAAGGAGCUUGUUGCAAGCAUAACUGAAAAGGAAAGCACUGUGCCUUGUGUAACAUCACACAUUGCAUUUUUGACAGCUCGAGCCAUCAUUGACACCAUGAUUCAAUUAUCAGAUGUUGCUUCAGUCACAGAAAAUGGUCAACAUUAUCCACUUUUCCUUCUCACACUCCAACAACUUCAUAAAAGUCAGGGCAAAGCAACGCUCACACGAAUUUUUAACGAAAGCAAAGUUAACUUAAUGACUCAGCUGCCAGAUACAGAAAAGACAAAAGAAAAACUUGGUGAAAUUCUCGAGGACCGAGACUUAACAUUUCUAUAUCCAUUACUCAGAAUUCAAGGCGAUAUGUGGAAACAAUUGGAAUCUGAUCCAUCACCCGUCAGUUUUUUCAAAUGGAUUAAAGAAAAACUUGAUCCAUUGCACCAUUCAGACACCGGGUUUAUCAACGCUCUGAUGACUGUUCUUUUGAAAUACAUUACGCAGGAGUCUACUCUUCCACCUGGUGCAAACCCAACUGUUAUUCCCGAUAAGGCAUUGCAAGAUAAAGAACGUCAACUUCUGGAAAAAUAUCAGCGUAUGUUGAACAAUCUACUUCCUACACUCGAGUCUCAGUUGACAGCCAUACAUUCACUGCAAGUUUUUUGCUUGUCAUUGAAUUUUCCAAAAGGAAUGUUACUGAGAUGGUUCAAUGCACUCUACGAUUCUUCGAUAAUCGAUGACGAGGCCUUCUUAAAGUGGAGAGAAGACGUUAAUGAUGCAUACCCUGGAAAAGGAGAAGCUCUUUUUCAGGUGAACAGUUGGUUAAUGUGGUUAGAAGAAGCUCAGUCAACCGAAGAAGAGGAUGAUGAAGAUGAGGUCGUGAACUAAUAAGAAGUUCCGUUAAAGACAUCUCUAGAAGUAAUCGACAGUUAAAUAGAAAUUUUAUUACAAUUUAGAUGAAUUGAACUUUUCAGUUUUAUGGAUUGCAUUGUUUUUGCUAUGUUCUGUGAAUGCGCAUUAUGUAUUGCUGCCAAAGGCACUUGUUUCAUUUAGAAAAAGAAAUAAGAAAAAUAAUGCCUUUACAAUUGUAUCUACCCUUUGCGAAAGUAACAUGCAAUAUUUUUCGUGAUCAGGGGAUGUUUUAAUGUUUUAAUUAAUUAAACAUUAAGGAAAAAACUGAUGUAUAAAAAUUGUAUCAGCCAUUAUCACUGGCUCUGUAUACCAAUAUAAAUUUGUACAGAUGUAUAGUCAUGCUUGCAUUCAUGCAUGAAUAUAUGUAUAUGUAUGUAUAUAUGUUUGUAUGCACUGUCAGUCACUGAUAAUUGGUAUUAGCGUUUAUUUGAAAAAAGGAAAAAAAAUUACAAACAAUUGAGGGAAGUAAUAAGGGUUAAGAAAUCUAUUUAAAACAUGUAGUUUGAUGAUUAUCCUAAAUUUUUGUCUAAUACAUUGUGCACGUGCCUCCUUUUGUAACGUUUCUUUAUCUUGGCUACACAUUUAAUAGGUCAACUAGGUGUGAUAUGUACAUUCAUUCACAUUAUCAUGAGUGUAACGAUGUGGUAACGAAUGUUGGUCUCCACUAAACCUCAAAUAGAAUUCUGGUGGAGUACAAAAUUCAUUACUAUCUCCUAACAUUGCUAUCAAAUAGAUUUGCUGGUUAAACCAACACUUCUAUAAAAAAACUUACUUGACUGAUUUACACGUUCGCUCUAAGAAGAACUAGAAACUUAGCUAAAAAAGAUCUAAAACAACUAAUAAAUUUUUUAUUUAAUAUCCUCUAAUUGAUAUUUUAUUCAUUUUUAUGUGAAUUUUCAUAAAAAUUUAAAUUUAAAGAUUGAUGUGUACAUCAUUUUAAAUUACUAUAUAUUGUUUUUAGAUUAUUACAGUAAUUGUAAAUUUAACAAACUUAACUUAUUUCAAUAAGAGGUUACAAUUUAUAAAUGAAAUGAAGACUAGAGAAGUUUUUAGCUCUUUUUACUUUUAAACUAUCAAUAAUUGACAUACAAAAAGUUUUAUGAAGAAAUUAGCGUAUGCGUUAAAAUUUUAUUGUAAUUGAUAGUUUGAAGGCUAUUUAUACUUAUAUACACAAUCAGUUUUUCUGGUAGAAUCAAAAUUAUUAAGGAGCAAUUACUAUUCUCACAUAUUAUUGUUGAAUAUUCUCUUCAUUAAUAAUGAAUAUUAUCAAUUAAAAAAAAUCCAAUAUACAAACGAUCAAAUAUUUUUACCUUUAUCAGCCGCAAAUGAAAAAGGAAAAUUAAAAACUGGAAUAUAUUUUACUUUUUAUGUAAUGGUUUUGUAAGACUUUAUAAGUUUUUAAAAAUGAUAUACAAAAUAUUUCAUUGUGUAGUCCUUUUGUUGUUUAAAUUUGAAAAACUUUUGAAAAUAUAUAUUGAAAAUCAUUUCUCUGCGCUUGAAAUAAUAUAAACGUGAAAUCAAACACCUCAUGCCUCAAUAUCUACUUGCUGCGCCAUUAUAACUAGUUAAUUGAUUAAAUAAUAUAACGGCAACCAGCAGCCAACAUCACAUCCACUUAACAUAAAAGUAGGCAAUAUUAUAGUAACACAUUAAGAAAUCAGCGAAUAAACUUGGUGUAAUUUAUUACAAA